GGAAUUACAAUUAUUAUUUCACCCGCAUCCGAAAAAGAUAAAAUAAAAUAUAGUGCAUCAAAUUAAAAUGGAAAAUAUAAACUUUUGAGGAAGUCACAAGAAGUUGUCCAGAAAUGGAUUUCAGCAAGUUAAAGAAAACAUUUGUUAUAGCUGAAAUAGGGCAAAACCAUCAAGGCAGCUUGGACACAGCGAAAUAUUUAAUAAAAACAGCCAAAGAUUGCGGUGCAGAUUGUGUAAAAUUUCAAAAAUCAGAUAUACACGAAAAAUUCAACAAAUCCGCCCUUAGCAGGCCUUACGAAUCGCCUCAUUCCUUCGGCCUAACUUACGGAGAACACAAACGGUUUUUGGAGUUCAGCGAAGAAGAAUAUCGCCAAUUAAAAGAAUAUGCGUGUGAAUUGGGUAUUUUAUUUACUGCGUCCGCCAUGGACGUGAAUUCGUUAGAUUUUUUAAUCAACCUUGGCGUUCCGUUUAUUAAAAUCGGCUCCGGAGACGCUAACAAUUAUUUACUUAUUGAAAAAGCAGCACGAUCGGGUAUCCCCCUAGUCGUCUCAACAGGAAUGCAAGGAUGGGAUACCGUUAAAGAAAUACAUGCAAUUAUAUCGAAAUGGCAUAAUAACUUUGCACUCUUACAUUGCAUCUCAUCAUACCCCACCCCGCUGGCUCAAAUCAAUUUAAAUUGCAUAAAAUUGUAUCAAAGUGAAUUUCCCGAUACAAUCGUAGGGUAUUCAGGUCACGAAUUAGGAGUUCAUGUGAUUGAAAGGCAUAUUACCUUGGACAAAACCCAGAAGGGUUCGGACCAUAAAUGUUCCCUAGAUCCUAAGGAAUUUGAAGACUUAGUAAAAGGAAUACGGUCUGUGGAAAUGGCUCUCGGGGAGCCUAUUAAAAAAUUUCAGGAAUGCGAAAAAUCGUGCUAUGAGAAACUGGGCAAGACUUUGGUAUAUCGAAGGAAUUUACGUAAAAAUCAUAUUGUACGUCGGGAUGAUUUAAAUGUUAAAGUAGCGGAACCCAAAGGCAUCGAUGGGGCUGUAAUCGAUGAUAUUAUUGGUAAAUCAUUACGGAAAGAUGUUGAAGAAGAUCAAUCGGUUUUAUCACAAGAUUUUUUGUAAAAAAUUUAUUUUAUA